AUGGGUGUGGGUCCCGACCACUUCGGCGGGCAAGCGCAUGUCGACUUCUGGUUCUUCGGCUUCAACAUCGACGUUGGCGACGUCAGGUUGGGAAAUCCGCCCAUCUCCCUCGCCGACUUCUUCUUCUUCGAGCUCAUCCGAUCGACCGGUCAGCCCGGCGAGUUCCGCUCCACCGACACCAUCUCCUCGUCUAUGGAGAACCGCGCCAUAGCGCUGCACAAGUGGACGGUGGAGCCGGACCUGGCCCUCGUGACCACCCCCGACGCCGUGCCGGGCCAGCCCUUCCUUCCCCUGCACCAGCCCCGGCAAGGAGUGAGAUAUCAACGCCUCCUUACUGAUGAUGCGCCCGCCCACAACCCCCACCACCCCAUUGGUACCGUCGGCCCAACCACCGGCGCCGUCUACUCCAUGCCUAUGCAUGCCCUCACAGGCGCGACAUCCUCGCUCGAUAUCACCGUCGAGCACGACUGCACCCGGCCCGUGCAGCUCGACGCCUUCAUACUCAACCCGGCGGUUGUCGAUGAUGGACCUACUCUCAUUGCCCCAUCACGCAGCCCAACUAACUACGUCAGUUUGCGACUGUCGAACUCGGCCAUUCAGCUACCAGCCGAAAUCAGCCAAGAUCGAACCUACUUCCUUGACCCCGACCUCGCCACCCCCGACAAGACCAAUUUCAUCGAAUCCCACGCGUCCCGGCUCUUAGCCAAGGCCCUAAUUACUUGUAGACCAAACAUGACGGGGAUCUUCGCCAUGGGCCGGCUGAUACUCACCAAGGACGUGCCAAAUGUGUUUGAUGCCGAGAAGCAGGCGGCGCCGACAUCGUGGAUGCGGGACCAUGGGGGAGUACAUGUAACUGGUCUGGACCUUGCUAACGAUCGAACUCUCGUGGCACAUAGGCAAUGGAAGUGGCUCCAGCCGUACUCUCUGUUGACUCCCUCGCCGGCUAGUGCGGGCCCAGGCACCGUUGCCGCAAUGACCAAGCCAACGGCGUACAUGUCGUUCUCAGCCAGGCAGGAAGCUGAAGACAGAUCCGGCCCCGUAUAUCUCUGUGGAAGGCUUCUUGCGGUUGGCGGCUCCACUGCUGGCGAAUAGUCUGAGUGGGGAUGGCCCUUGACGGGGGGAGCGAGAUAACUGACAUGUCUUUACCCCUAUUUUCGUGGGUUCUCUUCGUUAGGUUGAAGGCACCGAGAUAGUAGUAAUAGCAUGAUUCCUGCGUCGAACAGUUC